AUAAGGAAAGAACAUCAAGAAAAGAGGUUUAACGAUACUCCAGACAGUUAAUGAACUAUGAAAAAAAAAAUAACCCUUUCCAAAAAGUGUGUUAGGGAAUGUCAAUUGUUUGUUUAUAACUUUUCAUUAAAAAAUUUCCAUGCUUUGGUUGGAAAUCAACCUUGGUUACAGUCAACCUUGAUUCUUAUUCUGAGAAGCUGACGGGUUCUGAGACGUGAAUGUGGGUUCCUUGUGUUUGCUGUGUUUCUCUUGCAUGAGGUGGUUUCCACGUCACUGAAUUGGCCUGUGUGUUUUGCUUAUAUAACUCUUCUGAAAGUACCUUCUGUUUUAGGAGAACUAAUUUUCAGCCGUACUUUUUUUAGGGAAAAUUUUGCAGGGUAAAUUAGCCUGCCUGGGUCUGAGGUCUUUAUUCUUGAGUCCAUUGGAGUACGGAAGGAUUUUAAAGAUAUGGACCUUCUUACUGCUCUUCUACUUCUAGUCCACCUGAUCCCGGUGUCGGUAGCUAAGAAUGGAGUGAAUGGCAAGAGUCGAAAGAGAAUCAUGCCCGACCCGGUGACGGAGCCCCCUGUGAUGGACCCUGUUUACGAAGCUCUUCUGUACUGCAACAUUCCAAGUGUGGCCGAGCGCAGCAUGGAAGGUCACGCUCCGCAUCAUUUUAAGCUGGUCUCCGUGCACGUGUUUAUCCGACACGGAGACAGGUACCCACUGUAUGUCAUUCCCAAAACCAAGCGCCCAGAAAUUGACUGCACUCUGGUGGCUAACAGGAAACCGUAUCACCCCAAACUGGAGGCUUUCGUUAGUCACAUGGCCAAAGGAUCUGGAGCCUCUCUCGAAAGCCCCUUGCACUCACUGCCUCUUUACCCCAGUCACCCGCUGUGUGAGAUGGGAGAGCUCACGCAGACAGGGGUCGUGCAGCAUCUGCAGAAUGGCCAGCUGCUGAGGGACAUCUAUUUAAAGAAACACAAACUCCUGCCUGGUGACUGGUCCACAGACCAGCUUUACUUAGAGACCACUGGCAAAAGCCGGACGCUGCAGAGUGGGCUGGCCUUGCUUUAUGGCUUCCUCCCAGAUUUUGACUGGAAGAAGAUUUAUUUCAGGCACCAGCCUAGCGCUCUAUUCUGCUCUGGGAACUGCUAUUGCCCUGUAAGAAACCAGUACCUGGAAAAGGAGCAGCGGCGGCAGUACCUCUUACGUCUGAAGAACAGCCAGCUGGAGAAGACCUACGGGGAGAUGGCCAGGAUCGUGGACAUCCCCACCAAGCAGCUCCGCGCUGCCAACCCCAUAGAUUCCAUGCUCUGCCACUUCUGCCACAACGUCAGCUUCCCCUGCACCAAGAACGGCUGCAUUGACAUGGAGCACUUCAAGGUGAUCAAGAUGCAUCAGAUAGAGGACGAGAGGGAGAGGCAGGAGAAGAAACUGUACCUUGGGUACGCGCUCCUGGGUGCCCACCCCAUCCUGAACCAAACUGUGGGCCGCAUGCAGCGCGCUGCCGAGGGCAGGAGGGAGGAGCUCUUUGCUCUCUACUCUGCUCACGACGUCACCCUGUCCCCAGUUCUCAGUGCCUUGGGCCUUACAGAAGCCAGAUUCCCAAGGUUUGCAGCCAGGUUGAUCUUUGAGCUCUGGCAAGACAGAGAGAAGCCCAGUGAGCACGCUGUCCGGAUUCUCUACAACGGUGUUGACGUCACGUUCCACACCUCGUUCUGCCAGGACCACCACAAGCGGUCUCCCAAGCCCAUGUGCCCCCUUGAAAACUUAGUCCGCUUUGUCAAAAGGGACAUGUUUGUGGCCCUGGGCGGCACUACUAAUUAUUAUGAUGCCUGUCACAGGGAAGGAGUCUAAAAGGUACACAGUGAAGCACUCACAGAAUCUAUGCCAAUAAGGAGGGGUGGGAAAAGUCUGCUUUUAGUUCUCUCCAUUGCUAAGGGCACGGGAUGAUUUUUAAAGACUGGAAAUCCAUGCUUGGGCAGAGGUGGUUUGGGUUGAACAGCGACUAUGCUGUUAUAAUUGGGUACAUGAGUUCCUUGGUACACAAUGGCCAGUUCAGAGAGAAAGGAAGCUACUUUAUCAUAGCCAGACUUUGCUUACGAUGCCAGAAUAAUACUCUAAUACCCAAAGUUGCCAAUCCCAAUGUGUAUUCUUUUGAUCUGCCUUAGUACUGUAUGAUGGAACCAGCAAACCUCAGCUGAAAGUUUCUUAAUAUAGGACAGUCUUACCUUGUCCUUGUUCAGUGAAAAUAUUCCUGAAGUGAUAUAUUGAAAAUAACAGUGAGAAGACUUGUUCUGUAAAGGGCCAGAGAGUAAAUAUUAUCGACUUUGUGGACCAAAAGGCCACAUGCAGGGUCUGUCACAGCUACUUGACUCUGUUCUUAUAACGUGAAAGCAGCCACAGACAACAUGUGAAUGCAUAAGCGUGGCUGUGUCCACAGGCUGCACAAAACAGGCAGUGGGCCGGGUGUGGUGCGAGGCCUCUUGUUUGCUGACCCCAAUCUCAAAAACAGGCUCUACUACAAUUGCACUUUCAGCACUUUGAGAGGGAACCAGUUGAAUACCAAGAAUUAUUCAGUGGUGCCUCCAGUAAUUUCUGCUAGAAACACAGAAUCUGGUCUGUAUCUGAUAUUAUGUCAGAACUUGAGGGGAAACAAACAUUCGAUCAGAAUGAAUCACAGAAAAACUAUUAGAAUAAUACUUGAUGUUCAUGAUGAUUGUGGUAUAAGAUAGUUUCGAGUAUCUUAAAUAUGUGUCUGCUGUAGUCUACUUGCUGUAUAUGCUGAAAUUUUUGUAUUCCACUUAGUAUUUUUAUAGUCUAGGAAAGUAUUUUCUAAGACCAGUUUUAGAUGUGCUCUUAAUCCCCAUGUAAUAGUCAAUUUACUCUCUCUGCUUGGUGGUUAGGAGGGAGCCAGAAGCUGAAUUCAGGCACUUUCUUCCAAUAAAACGAAUUAUGGCUCAUUCCCUUUGAGAAGCUGUAGAAUUGGAUCGAUUUUUAAACCAUUUUUGUCAGUUUUAAAUGGUAAAUUGGAAUUGAUUUUUAAAUAAGUUUUUGGAAGAACUUUGUUACUAGACAGUAAAAUAAUCUUUAUAAGGUAUUUUAUACAGUAGAAGCAAUUAUAAUUAAAUCUGUGAUUUCUGACUAAAAUGGUGCUAGCUCUGUGUGAAGGAACUUAAAAGUGCAAGUGAGAUUCUCCAGUGUCAUUGGCAUUCCAACCUUCUCUCUGUUUUUGUCCAGUGUUGCAUUUGUUGCAUAUGAAUCUGCUUCUAUUAAUAAAUUUUUGAAGAAUACUUGCACACAAAGUCAUGGGUUGUACCUGUAAGUCACUUUCUUUUCAAGUGAGUUCCAAUAUUUUGUAAUUUAUCUUUUUUUUUUUUUUUUGGUUUUUAGGGCUGCACCCGCUGCAUAUGGAGGUUCCCAGGCUAGGGGUCCAAUCAGAGCUACAGCUGCCGGCCUACACCACAGCCACUGCCACACGGGAUCUGAGCCGUGUCUGCAACCUACACCAUAGCUCACCGCAACGCCGGAUCUUUAACCCACUGAGUGAGGCCAGGGAUGGAACCCGCAACCUCAUGGUUCCUAGUCAGAUUUGUUUCUGCUGCGUCACAACGGGAACUCUUAAUUUAUCAUUUUUUUCAAAAAGUAAAAUAAUAGUGCUUUAAAUUAGAAAACUCUGCAAUACACGUGUAGAAGGGAGGGCCAGGCCCUCUCAGCCUCAUGUGGUUAGCCGUGGGCCAUGCUGGGCUCAGCAUGAGUGACAGGAAGGGACAGAGUCUUGCACUGGGCCACAGAGGGGCUGCAACUUCCUUCUCUAACUGCAGCAUCAGGGUGUGGCGGGUGGGACGACGUGUCAUGCGCAUGGCCUCGGACUGGGUGAAAAUUUAUCUCAAGUGCUUAUUUUACUGCUGAAAAUCAUGUGUUGUCCCUCAAGUAUUUAAAGCCUAAGCAAUUUUUUUUUUUUUUUGGCUCUCACUCCCAGUCUAUCUGAAUCAGAACUGCGAAACACAGCUUGAAGAUUUAAAAAUAAAGGGAAAUCAGAAGAUGUUUUAAAUAUCAAUUUGAGGAGUUCCUUGGUGGCUCAGUGGGUUAAGGAUCCAGUGUUGUUACUGCAGCAGCUUGGGUUGCUGCUAUAGUGUGGAUUUGAUCCCUGGCCUGAGAACUUCUGCAUGCUGCAGGUGCAGCCAAAAAGUAAUGAUAAAAUAAAUAAAAAAUAACUUUGCAACAUCUGUUGUUAAAGGUGAAUAUUUUGCACAGGAACCAACAUUAAAAAUGCAGAUAGAGGUUUUACCUCCGAAGACACACCAGGUAUGUAAGGCAUUAAAGUAGUCCUCCUCAGUAUCAAGUACUGAGACAUUCUGUUUCCAUAAACAAAUGCAGAGCACCCAGCUAAAGUUGACAGAGUUUGUCCUUGGUUUCAGGACAAUGGUCUCACAGGCUCAGUUUGUGAAAGGUGUGGGUGUGCACUGCAUAUUCAGCUUUCUUGUUUUCGUGAUUAAAAUUAAUACGUGCACAUUGAGAAACAAUCAAACAAUACUGAAAACAACUUCAAAGGUGAAGUUCUCCUCUAAUCUCACCUCCAGAGAGAACACUGUGAGCUGCCUGACAGAUAUUCUUGCAGAAAUUUAACAUGGAGAUAACAGAAAUAAAUAUACAUUUUUAAUAGGAACAAGACCAUUUAAUAUGUAUUGUUCUGUGACUUGCUUCCUUUGAAUAUAUUUUAUUCAUUUGUUUCCUUUAACAUUAUGCCUUAGACAUCGUUCUCAUUAACUUCCUUCCCUUAACAGCAUGUCUUGGAAAUUUCUACAUUGAGAGAAGCAGGCCAGGGGAAAUGUAGAAAGAAAGACAGCUCUUUUUAUAGCCAUAGCAUAAUAUCUGACGAUACAGAUGAGACAUUUUAAAAUUUUCAUUAAAAAUGAAUGAAAUUAAAACUUAACACCCAGGCACUAAAACAGGACUACAAGGCAUUGGAGGUACACAGAACAAAGCAGAGGCCAGCAGUUAUAUGUGUUGAUUAAUAUAAGUAGCAUAUGUAUCUUUCUCUAAUUUCACUUAGAAAUAGAAUUGAAGAACUUAAAUCCAGUGUUGCUAUUAAGCCUAUUUGUGGGUCUUCAUAGCUAUAGCAGAAUUAGAUGUUUGAAAGAUUUGAGUGAUUCUUUUUUCUAGAACUCACAAAGACCGGUGCAGGAAAGGCAGGGAUGCGUCUGUUUCUCUGAAUCUUUAGGAAGCCUUCUGAACAGACUGAGCAGGCCAGGCUGGUACAGGCAUACCCUAGUGUGUUUGAACACAGCAUAAGUAGAAAGCAGAAAACAGCUGGGGUUUACAUUGCAGUUCUGGCUUUGAUCAGGGCUCGCCCACAGUACUGGCCUGGGCACUAGUUAGCUCCCACUGCUUAAGGCCACUGAAUUGAGUACUGGGUCAUGCCCCUGUAUAGUGCCUGCCUAGUAUCCAUCUCAGAGGAGGGAUAAUAGCUUUAGCUUAAGAGGAACCAGCUGAAUUCAUCACAGUGUCCAGUCAGGCCUUCCUGGCCUCUGAAGCCCUACUUCCAGCUGAGACUGGCCUUGAUGCAGAAAAGUUAUCUCCAGGUCAGUUCCUCCCAGAGCUGCAAACCCCCCAAAGGGGGGUGGCCUGAGGCUUGGCUUCUGGAGAACUCGGUAGGAAAAGCACUAUUUGGGGGUUGUGCUUCCCUCAAGGGGCCCACAAGCAUCUCGCUAUCAAUCUAGACAACCCUCUGAGGAAGGUCCUAUUACCCCCAAUACAAACAAGGAAACAGAUUCAGGGGGAUGAAAUCACUUUUCAAAGGAUGAGUCAAAGCACAGAGUCUAACCCAUGUUUACGUGACACCAGUGACCCUUAAGCACAUAAACUGUGAUACACCAUGGAAGAGGCCUUCCUACACUCAUUAAAUCCUCACAAUAGCUCAACAGGAUACCAUAUCUGCUGGCAAAUACCAGUGUGUCUUAAAAUAUAGUGGGAUUACAACAGCUAUAAAUUUAAAUGGUUAGUAGAAUAUUCCAUUUUGACCUGUGGUUCGUUUUUGUUAAGAAAAAACGGCUUAUAUAAUGGAAAACUAGUCUUUGCAGUGAUGUUAUAUUCUGCUCAGCCACUAGAUGGCAACAUCAAAUAGAAGUGUUGGCCUUCAGGGCCCACUCUUCCAUUGGUAAAGGAGGUAGGUAUUUGGGGAGGUGUUUUAAUAGGGUGACCAGCUGCCGGGCUUGUCUGGGACUGAGGGGUUUCCUAGGAUGUGCGAAUUUCAGUGCUAAAACUGGACAAGUUCCAGGCAAACUGGAACAAGUUGAUUACUUUCAUGUUAUAUGAGACACACAUUAGGAGGUACUGUCACUCCCGUUUUAUAGAAACAGGGAAGCGUGACGGAGUGACUAGUCUGAGGUGUCACACAGCUGGCUAGUAUGCAACAGAGCUGAGACUGAAAGCUGUCAUCUGUUAACUCAAAGGCCCAUGCUCUUAAGCAGGAUAUGAUAAUGUGUCUCUGAACCAUCCAGAACUGUUUGGUUACAUACAACAGAAACCUAACUACAGAGAUGAAGCAAAUAAAGUCCUCCAUUUUCUCCACUGGCUCUACCGUGUCAUCAGGAACCCAGGCUGCUAUUUACCACUGUCUGGCCAGAAUGGGGUCCCUCAGCCCACCUCCACUGCCAGGAAAGUGAGUAAUUUUAUUGGGCACUUCCUGUCUCAAACAAACCAGGCCCUCAAUAUGGAAGGCAAGAAAAUCCUAGGGGUUGAAUCAGAGCCACAGUUGCCAGCCUACACCACAGCCACAGACACAGCAACGUGGGAUCCGAGCCACAUCUGCAACCUACAUUACAGUUCAUGGCAACACCAGAUCUUUAACCCACUGAGUGAGGCCAGGGAUCAAACUCUCGUCCUCAUGGAUAUUAGUCAGGUUCAUUACCUGAGCCACAACAGGAACUCCCUUGUCCCAGGAAUACCAAAGCCUCUGCUAUUUAGGACAAUAAAGCUGGAGUCAUUUAUUUGAAAGAGAUCAUGGAUCUAUUGAUCACAAAUUUCUUCUACCACUGCAGUGUGACGGGCUCACCAUUUCACUGUGGAAGCUAAGGAAGCACAUAUGAAGCAAUAGGAGACCCUAGAUCUAGGACAGUCCAGCGGUGAUUACAGACCAAGGCUCACCAUUCACUGAACACGUAUCAGGGGCUGGACAGGGCCAAGCACUCAACUCACAGAGUCUCUCCACAGUACAAGUAGGCAUCUGUUAUCUCCGUUUUACAGGUAAGGAGAAGGAGGCUCAGAGGGAGACACCUGCCUAGGAUGGCCCAGUCACCAGCAGACUCAGGACUGGACAGGGCUCCACCUACAUGUCCUUGGACCUCAGAGUUCUUCCAGCUCCCUUAGUUCACCAGCUCCUCUACCCUCACACUAGUGAAUAAGUAAAACUGGAACCUUAGGUUAUAGGGAGGAGGCUACCCAACCACAAGGAAUGAUUCUCUCUUAUAGAUGUUCAUGUUUCUAGCAUUUCCAAGAAAGUAGGAUCAUCUUAUAAUGGGUUGUUUUAGCCUGGGUCCUUCUGAAAAGCAGAGUCUGAGAAAAAAAAAAAAAAA